CCCGGCGCCGAGCCGUAGCAGCAGCAUCCGCCCCUUUCCCCCCCUGGAAAGGUGCGUUGGGCUUUUACCAAAGAGCGGAAAAAAAACAAACAAACCAAAAAAACCAAAGCAAGGGCUGCCCUGCCUUCUAGAAGCAGAAAAAAUAUCCUGAUAAGAGGGACUCGCGUUUGGGAUCUGGUAGUUCUCUUGCUCAUGCCACUGCCCCAUGGUUGCCUCAAUGGCAGGAUCAUGAAGUGUUUGACUUUCUUUCUUCUGCUUCCAGAGACCUUAAAGAAGUCCAAAAAGAGCGUGAAGUCAAACGGCAAAGGGCCAGCAUGCUAUGAGAUAGUGCCCCUGUCCCUGAAGAAGAAGAUGGCUGCAGAACUUUGCGAGGCUCGAGGGCCAGGACCCCCCCCGGCCAGGGUGGCCCAAGUGGUCCCCCGUCCUUCCCGCUGGACGGGAGCGCGGGGGAAGGCGGUGGGAGGCCGGCGUUGCGCGGGCGGCUCUGGGCGAUGGGCUGCGCACGCUGACCCGGCUUCUCCCCCCCUCCGAACUUGCAGGAACGCGCUGAUGUUCAAUAACGAGCUCAUGGCUGAUGUUCACUUCAUCGUGGGCCCACCAGGGGCAUCCAGGAAAGUUCCUGCCCAUAAGUAUGUUUUGGCAGUUGGUAGCUCUGUCUUCUACGCUAUGUUUUAUGGUGAUCUUGCAGAGGUCAAAUCUGAAAUCCAUAUACCAGAUGUGGAACCUGCAGCCUUUCUAAUCCUAUUAAAAUACAUGUAUAGCGAUGAGAUUGACCUGGAAGCUGACACAGUUCUGGCUACGCUGUACGCUGCCAAGAAGUACAUUGUGCCGGCCCUAGCGAAGGCUUGCGUCAAUUUUCUGGAGACAAGUUUAGAGGCGAAGAACGCUUGCGUCCUGCUGUCUCAGAGCAGGCUCUUUGAGGAGCCAGAACUGACGCAGCGCUGCUGGGAAGUGAUUGAUGCUCAAGCAGAAAUGGCACUGAAGUCAGAAGGCUUCUGCGAAAUAGAUCAGCAAACACUAGAGAUCAUUGUAACCCGGGAGGCGCUCAACACCAAGGAAGUGGUCGUUUUUGAGGCUGUUCUCAACUGGGCAGAGGCUGAAUGCAAAAGGCAAGGGCUGCCGGUUACGCCGCGGAACAAGAGGAAUGUAUUGGGAAAAGCUCUGUACUUGGUGCGGAUUCCAACUAUGACUCUGGAAGAGUUUGCCAACGGAGCUGCCCAAUCUGACAUCCUUACCCUUGAGGAAACUCACAAUAUAUUCCUAUGGUACACGGCUGCAAAUAAACCCAAACUAGAGUUUCCACUGACAAAAAGGAAAGGACUCGUGCCUCAACGAUGCCACCGCUUUCAGUCGUCUGCGUAUCGCAGUAACCAGUGGAGGUACAGAGGGCGGUGUGACAGUAUUCAGUUUGCCGUAGACAAACGGAUAUUUAUAGCAGGACUGGGUUUGUAUGGGUCCAGCUGUGGCAAAGCUGAAUACAGUGUCAAAAUUGAACUAAAACGCUUAGGAGUGGUCCUCGCUCAAAACCUGACAAAGUUUACCUCUGACGGAUCCAGUAAUACUUUCUCUGUAUGGUUUGAACACCCUGUGCAGGUCGAGCAAGAUACGUUUUACAAUGUAAGUGCUAUUCUUGAUGGCAAUGAACUCAGUUACUUUGGGCAAGAGGGAAUGACUGAAGUGCAGUGUGGCAAAGUGACAUUCCAGUUCCAGUGCUCCUCGGACAGUACUAACGGGACUGGAGUACAAGGAGGACAAAUACCUGAGCUCAUUUUCUAUGCAUGAUGCGUUUCACUUUGAUUGUUUUCCAAUACUGCUAUGCACACUAAGGGAUUUUUCAGUUUUACUACAGAACACUACAGCAGUAUGGAAUGUUAUGCUACUUACCUAUCUACUACAUCAGGCUAUCAAAUAAGUGAAGGAAUGCUCUUGAAUUUAAUCUUAUUUUAUUUAUUCAUAAGCUAUUUGACUUAAUUAAGACUGCAACAAGCAGAAAAAAGGUUAAAUGUUGCACGUACUGUGCAUUUAUUUUGUAUAUAGAUAACUAACUUGCAGACUGCAGCUGACUUUAACAGAAUGUUCUAAACUAGAGCAGUUUAUCAAUCUGAAAUAUAAAACAUUUUUACUUGCCCUAAA